UGAGCAAUUGUUAGAAGUGAAGAAAACAUGCAUAUAACGUUCAUCCCAGGAGAACUGCAAGAUUUAUGGGAUAAUUGGGGCCUAGAAACGCUUAUGCUAUUGAGUUUCACCAUUCAAGUGAUCCUCACAGUUUAUGGCGGACGCAGAAAGGACAUCCCAGGUAUGUGGAUAAGGUUCACAGUUUGGUUCACCUAUUUGCUGUCUGCUUCCCUUGCAAAAAUUAUCAUAGGAAAGCUCACAGUAAUACCUGGAAGCGAUCCAAAUGAACGAAACAUCAGACGUGAACUGAAGGGGUUGUUUGCGCCAUUGCUUCUGGUGCAUAUAGGGAAUCCAGAUGCCAUAACUGCAUACUCAAUUGAAGAUAACCGAUUGGGGCUGAGGCAGUUGCUCUCCCUUGUUCUCCAAGUAGCUGUGGUGAUUUGGAUCAUUAUAAAGAGUUGGACGCAUUCCGAACUCUCUUUUCUCUACUUGCCAUUACUCAUUUCUGGACUAAUCAAGCAUGGAGAAGUUAUUUGGGCUCUAAAGUCAGCACUUAGUAAAAGAUCAGGCAUAAUCACCAUUCAAGAGAUUGACCAAGAAGCCAACAUGCCUGCAUUAUUCAGAUUCCUUCCUGAGGAUAUUCCCAAUAUAGACUUGAUUCUAAAGGCGUAUUAUCGCUUUAUCUCGUUGAAGCCUCAUCGUGAAAACUGGCUUUACCAGCCUCUAUAUGAAUCACUUCCUCAAAUGUCUAUAGAUGAGUAUCCACCUGAAGACAUCUUCCACAUCACAGAUGCAGAACUGAGCUUCAUGUAUGAUGUGCUGUACACCAAGGCACCUAUAAUCUACACCAAAGCAGGUUGUUUUCUUCGCGUCAUAAGCUUUUUCAAUUUAGUUCUAACAUUGUGUGGAUUUUCUGUCAUAUUUAGACAAGACUUUUCAAGCCAUUGGAAAGCAUGUUUUAUAGCUGGGGUGUUAGGAGGAGGAGUUCUUAUGGAGGCAUACCAGAUAGCACAAUUACCUUUCUCAGAUUGGGCCAUAAUUCAGAUGAUCAAGCACCAAAAUCUUCCAUUUAUGAUUCCAUGCCUGAGAAUUCUUGGACCCCGAGCUAGGAAUUGGAAAAGGUGGUCAAACACAUUGCCACAGUUCAACUUCCUGAGCUUCUGCAUCCAAUAUGACAAGCCAUUAAAGUGUGGGAAAAUUCUAAAAUUCCGGGGCAUUGACAUGGGGAUGAAGAAGAACAGGUGUAGGACACGCGUAAAAUUUCCCAGCCAAUUGAAAUCGCUUGUGGUUCAAGAAAUGAAAGAUAUUGAUGGAGACAGAAGACUAAAGCCCUUUAACCAAAGAGGGGAAUGGUCACUCAGCAGGUACGGUUCUCUCAACGAUAUCAAAUGGAGUGUUAAACGAGACUUUGACAAGAGCAUUACAAUAUGGCACAUUGCAACAGAUAUCUGCUACUAUUCAGAUGCUGAUCAAUGCCAUAAUAAUGCUGCAAGCCCCAAAAUAAUCCAAAUGGCCAAAUUAUUGUCCAAUUACAUGAUGUACCUCCUAGCUAUGCGUCCUCAUAUGCUGUCCACCACCACUUCCAAGAUAACAUUUCAACACGCCUGUGAUAAGCUAAAGGGUUUGUUAUUGGACCAAAAGGAACAAUGUGUGAAAGAUGAAAAAGAAGCAUGCAGGAUUUUGAGAAUGGAAAGAGUACUUCUCCGGAAUUCAAAUUCCGAGAGGAAAUCAGAAACUGUUGUGACAUCAAAAUGGCACAUGCUGAGGGAUGCUCAGAGACUGGCUAGGAAUUUGAUGGCAAGGGAAAACAGAUGGCAGAUUAUAUGUAGUGUGUGGGUGGAGAUGCUGUGUUAUGCUGCAGCUAAUUGCUCUAUAGAUUAUCAUUCUGAACAAAUAAGGAGAGGUGGAGGUUUGAUAACUCAUGUUUGGAUUCUUUUAGCUCACAAGACAGAUAAAUAUCAUAUCAGUGACUAGUAAUCAAUACAUGUACCUGGUUUGGUUUCUAAUGAAACUGGAUCUAUAUUUUCUGACUAGUAAGUACUAGAGUUUUUUUUUCUGGUUUCUUACACAAGGGAAAAGGGAAAACAAAAUUCUACUAUUUGCUCAGGGUUUAC